UUCCACGAUGACUUGAACUUGCCAUGUGGGGUGCUUCGUCUCAAUGACAAAGGGGGCCAUGGAAGCCACAAAGGGCUGAAGAGUGUUAUCUAUCACUUUAGAGGAAAUAGAGAAUUUCCUCGGCUAAGAAUCGGGAUUGGAAGGCCUCCUGGGCAAAUGGAUCCUAAAGCAUUCUUGCUUCAAAAAUUCAAUGUAACAGCUAGACAACGAAUUGAUGAGGCAUUGCAAGAGGGGGUUGAUGCCUUAAAGCUCCUUUUAUCUCAAGGUUAUGAUGAGAGUGCAAAAAGGUUCAACAAAGAGCAAAAGUACAAACACUUAAGAGUGCAAACAUUACCAGUUUGAUGGAGUUCCCACCAUGAUGUCAGUCUUCGUUUAAAGUUAAUGAUAAAAUGUUUGAGUAUAGUUAGUCACACACAUUGUUAAAUCCAAAAAAUAGUUACUAGUGAUUUAAUUUUACUUUCUGCGUCUGCUCUGUUUUGCAUCAUGUUAUACUCUGCAAAUUAGUGAAGCAGUAGAGAAUGAGAUUAUCCAAGUAAAAAAAAAUGAGCAUUUUUGUUUUCUUUUGCACAUAUUUCAUAAUUAUAAUGUCUACUCAUUAGUAGUAGCUUGUUUUUCUGGGUCCUUUAUUAAGAAAAUGAGAUCAUAGUUUAUUUCAUUACA